CAUACCGCUAGGUGACGUCCUUUGAGUGCCAACCCUUUCGCCGGUCACUCUCAGUCUAGGUUGGAAAUAUGGCUGCCCCGAUGGCUCAAGCGACAGCAGCUGGAACUAAAGAAGCGAUCCUGAGUGCUGCCAGAAAGUUUGUUGACUUUGUGAACAAGUGCCAGUCACCUUUCCAUGUUGUUGAGGAGUGCAGGACGAUCCUGAGAGCAGCAGGCUUCAGUGAGCUGCGUGAGGCGGAUCAGUGGGACAUCAAACCCAACAACAAGUACUUUGUGACGAGGAACCAGUCGACUGUUGUAGCCUUCGCUGUGGGAGGACAGUACAAACCUGGGAACGGAUUCACUAUAGUGGGAGCUCACACUGACAGCCCAUGUCUCAAGGUGAAACCCCUGUCCAACAAGCUGAAGAGUGGUUACCAGUGUGUAGGUGUGGAAUGUUACGGGGGUGGCAUCUGGCACACCUGGUUCGACCGUGACCUCACUGUAGCUGGCAGGGUCAUGGUCAAGAAUGCAGACAAGAUCGAGCACCGGUUGGUUCGUAUCGACCGCCCGAUCCUACGUGUGCCAAACAUCGCCAUCCACCUGAUGAGGGACCACAACGACAAGUUUGGCCCAAAUAAAGAGACGAACAUUGUACCUGUCCUGUCUACAGCAGUACAGGCCCAGUUGGAAGGGUACACUUCUGCAAAGGAGGGGGAGGAACCAAAAUGCCAGGCUGACAAGCACCCCCCAGUCCUGGUGACCCUCCUGUGUAAGGAACUGGGGAUCCAGCCACAGGACCUGCUGGACUUUGAGCUGUGUCUGGCCGACACUCAGCCUGCUACCAUCGGUGGUGCUCUGGAAGAAUUCCUGUUCUCGCCAAGACUGGACAACCUUCUCAGCAGCUACUGUGCCUUACAGGGACUGGUGGAGUCCAGUGGUGACAAUGGGUCAUUGACAUCUGACCCUAACAUAAGGCUCAUCGCACUCUAUGACAAUGAGGAGGUAGGCUCGGAGUCCGCCCAGGGAGCGGCUUCCAUGCUGACCGAACACAUCCUGCGGAGGUUGUCUGUAGGGGACCGUGCCACCUGCUUCGAGGAGGCCAUCCCCAAAUCUUUCCUCCUCAGUGCUGACCAGGCACAUGCGGUCCAUCCUAACUACUCAGAGAAGCAUGAAGACAACCACAGGCCCAUGUUACACAAGGGUAUUGUUAUCAAGUUCAAUGCCAACCAGAGGUAUGCCACAACAGCAGUGUCUACGUCCAUCCUGAGGGAGGUGGGGACACGGGCUAAUGUUCCGCUUCAGGACUUUGUUGUGCGUAAUGACAGUCCCUGUGGCUCCACCAUAGGGCCGAUUCUGUCAGCCAAGCUGGGCAUGAAAACUGUGGACAUCGGAGCUCCUCAACUCAGCAUGCACUCCAUCAGGGAAAUGGGCUGCACCUCCAGUGUGCACCAGAGUAUUGCACUCUACAAGACUUACUUCCAAGAGUAUCCAUCCAUCUACAACAAUGUGAACGUGGAAUAGACAAGAAAUUCCAGAUCCUUGGAACAACCGACCUUUAAUGAAAAGGCCUUAGAUGAACAGUAAAUGUUUACAAAGUGCAAUUACAGAAUAUUAUGCAACUUGAAUACCAAAUUUUACAGUAGUUUUACAUAGAUGACCAAAUUGCUGUAACAGUUGCAUGCUUGCAGAGUGCUUAGUUAACCAUAAGGAGUCAACAUUUGCUGUUUCGUGCCAUAGGUGUAUCGGUACACUUGAAAGUUAAAGAGCAUAAGGUUAAUGCUCCUGCAGAGGAAAAACAUGCCAGGAGUGAAAGUUGUGUCUUGGUUCUAAUACCAGUG